AUGCCGGAACAGAGUAAUGAUUACCGAGUGGCUGUAUUUGGGGCAGGUGGUGUUGGCAAGAGCUCCCUGGUCUUGAGGUUUGUAAAAGGUACAUUCCGGGAGAGCUAUAUACCAACGGUGGAAGACACCUACCGGCAGGUCAUCAGCUGUGAUAAGAGCAUAUGCACACUGCAGAUCACUGACACGACCGGCAGCCACCAAUUCCCCGCCAUGCAGCGUCUGUCUAUCUCCAAAGGGCAUGCCUUCAUCCUGGUGUACUCAAUCACCAGUCGGCAGUCCUUGGAGGAGCUCAAACCCAUCUAUGAUCAAAUCUGUGAGAUCAAAGGGGACGUGGAGAGCAUCCCCAUUAUGCUGGUGGGGAACAAGUGCGAUGAGAGCCCAAAUCGAGAGGUGGAGAGCAGUGAGGCAGAAGCCUUGGCCCGAAAAUGGAAGUGUGCCUUCAUGGAGACCUCGGCCAAGCUCAACCACAAUGUAAAGGAGCUCUUCCAAGAGCUGCUUAACCUGGAGAAGCGCAGGACCGUGAGCCUACAGAUUGACGGAAAAAAGAGCAAGCAACAGAAAAGGAAAGAAAAGCUCAAAGGCAAAUGUGUGGUUAUGUGA